CCACAAAAGAGCAACAGUGAGCAGCAGGACUGCCACCAAGUCUCAACAGCAACGGCAACAGUGAGCGGGUGCCCUCCCUCGCCACCGCAUCACGCUGCCAAGCCAUGAUCAAAUUCAGGUUCAAGAUGAGGGCAGCUCUUGUCGGCCUGGCCGUCGUCGGACUCGCCCUUAUUUUUGCUGAAGGAGUGCAGGCCACUCCCUUCAACAAACAUGACAACGACGUGCAAGUCUUUAGCCACGCCGAGGAGCACCAGGGAUAUGUCGAGCAGGACUCGUCCAGUCCCUUUGCCAAAGGCUUUCAUCAUUCGAAGCUCACAACGGAGCCCUGGCACCGCCUCGGCACCCCGACCGACAUUCUAUCCCACGAGACGUUCUCGCCCUUUGAAGUCCACGUUGGACACAACAGCUUGCAGUCCGACCGUCUGGACCAAGAAUCUUUCGUCGAUGCUUCCGACGCCGGUGACCAUCAUUCGCUUUUCAUUCGUCGUCCUGCUGAAGCGGAGAAGUUUUGGGCCACGAAGCGGGAAACGAAGGAUGACUUCCUGAAUGUGAUUGAAAGGCGUAUGGAGAAGGGUAAAAAUGAUGCAUCGGACCUAGAUCGUAUUCGCGAGCAGCUGAGGAGCUACAACGAAGAUCUGGCGAAGGAAUUUGGGUCUUUCACAGCGGAGGAGGACAGCGACUCUCAUCGAGAGCUGCUUCACCAAGUUGGAAGAGAGGAAAAGGCUCGAGCACUGCGCGAAAAAAUGAAAGCAGCAUUCCGUGAAGAAAAUAGGAGAAAUGGCUUCGUUGCGCAGGAGUUCACGGAAAAACAGAAAGAGGCCUUGAAGAGAAUUCAGGUGAGGAAUAUAAGGAAGUCGUCGAGGACAAUACAGCAGCACUAAUGAACGAUGUCGUGAACUGACCACUUCGCCUCUCGCAGUGCGCUCGGGUAAGU